AAAAAAGAAACAAAAGGAAAAUAAGAAGAAGAAAAAGAGAAGAAGAAGAAGAACACAAUUAGCAGCGAAAACACACAGAGAAAUCAAAGCUGAAAUUAAAAAAAAAUAAAAAAAAAUUGACAGAGAGAGAGAAGCGUAGCCAUAACCGAAGCUUCGAAGAUUUGAAAGCAGCAAGUGAAGUUCUUCGUGUAAAAAUUCGUGAACUGUGCUGAGUGAUCCAAGUUCGGGAUUUCUCGGAAGCAAUGAGGAUUUUCAGAAUUGUUGUUGUUCAAGUGAUGUGAGGUGUUUCGGAUUCAAACUUAGGGUUUUGAUUUCCCAUACAACAAUUUUUGUUGAUUUUGUUUUGGUUUGGUUUCAUCUCUAGGGUUUUGUGGGUGGGAAGUGGGGAUUUGCCUUUGCAUUGUGUGGUCAGUUGGUGUGUGAAUUUUGGGCAUAAGGAGGUUGGUUUGUGUUCAGUGAUGUGGGAGAGGGGAAGUUUUGGGUUAUUUGGAAGCAGAAGAAGUAACUGGAAUUUGGCUCGAAUUGAAGUUACAGGUGGGUGGGUUGUUUUCUGAUUUGUCUGGUGGUGUGGUGUAUGAAUCUGUUUGUUGAGAAAUGCUACCCGGGCGGCAGCAGAGCUCGAGAGUCGAUUUGGGUGAAUUAAAGGCCCAAAUUGUGAACAAGGUUGGAGCGGAUAAGUCGAAGCGGUACUUUUAUUACUUGAACAGGUUUCUGAGUCAGAAGUUGAGCAAGGCUGAGUUUGAUAAGUUAUGUUAUCGGGUGCUUGGGAGGGAGAACCUUCCAUUGCACAAUCAUUUUAUAAGAUCAAUCUUGAAGAAUGCCUGCCAAGCCAAGAUACCGCCACCAACCCAGCCAUCAGCUCCUCCAAAAUUGGGAGCGCAUGUUACUAAUGUAUCUCCCAGUAGAGAAGAUGGACAUGAGCAGAGUGUUGCUACCUUUCAAAAUCAAAGUGCAUCGAUCUGGUCAAACGGGGUUUUGCCGGUGUCCCCGCGUAAGUUAAGGUCUGGAGUACGCGACCGGAAGCAUAAAGAUAGACCAAGCCCUCUUGGUCCAAAUGGGAAAGUUGAUUCUGUUGCUCCUCAAUCCACUGCUACAGAGGACAGUGGCACUAGGGUUCACAUAGAGAAUGGAACUCUCACUCCAUGUGAUUAUCAGAGACCAAUACACCAUCUGCAAGAAGUUUCUGAGCUACCUAAGAAUGGUGAGGGGGGUGCUGUACAGAGACCAGCUAAAAAACCAAGAAUAUAUGGCAAAGGGAUGAGCAAAACACCAAUUGUUGAAGAUGGGGAGGAGGUGGAGCAGUUGAACCGCCUCAGUUUUGCCAGAAGUCCCCUGAUAGCACCACUUGGGAUUCCUCACUGCUCUGCAAGUGUGGGUGGGGCCCGCAAAUCAUUGCCAGUGAAUAGCGCUAGUGAUUUUGUUAGUUUUUGUGACAGUGGUAGUUUACCUGAUACAGAUACACUGAGAAGGCGCAUGGAGCAGAUUGCUACUGUACAGGGUCUUGGAGGUGUUUCUAUGGAAUGUGCAAAUAUGUUGAAUAAUGUGUUGGAUUCGUACCUGAAAAGGUUGAUCAGGUCUUGUGUCGAUUUAGUGAGCGCUAGGUCUGCGAAUGAGAAUGAGCCGACCAAGCUCCCUGUCUCAAAACCGCAGAUUCAGGGGAAGAUCAUGAAUGGCAUGUGGCCAAACAAUCAGUCACAUGUGCAGCAGAGUCCUGGUGGGCCGGCAGAGCCUGAACUUGAACACAGACCCCAGAUCUCCAUAUCUUUGCAUGAUUUUAAAGUUGCCAUGGAACUAAAUCCACAGCAACUCGGAGAAGAUUGGCCACUACAGUUGGAGAAACUUUCUAUGCAAUCCUUAGAGAAAUAACACACCUUAUCAAGUCUUUUUUUUCAAGGCUGGGUCUGUUUCAUUUGAAUCUGAUGGUUCAGCUAGCAAUGAUUGGUGGUGAUUAUCGGCGCGCUUAGCUCUGACAGAUUGGCAGGAAAACCCGAUGAUCAAUCAAUACUGGUUUAAAACUGCAACCAGUAGCCAGAGGAUUGGUUGCACUGUUGUAUGAUUAGCAUUUAUGUUGGCUGUUUUUGCUUUACAGCCAAUAAGACUUAGAAAGUUUUGCAGGGAUAAUACUAUUGUGUAGCUCAGUAGCUGGGAAUGGGACUAAGAGCUCAAGGGUUGCUCUGUAUGUAUUUUUAGCAUAUGAGGAUUGAUUAAAAUUCAAUAUUAAUAACACGUCAACAUCAAUUGAAA